GCUGCAAACGUUGCACUUGCACCAACGACAGUGCACCCGUUAAAAUAAAAAUAUCCAAAAACCAGUACGCAAUCUACUAUUAUCGUAGUUAUCAGCGUAACCGAAACAUGCGAUAAUGCAUUUUGACUUAUCAGACAUUGAAUAAAUGAAAGAUUAUCAAUUACCAAAAUUAGUGAAAGGAAAAAUGUCACUAAUUCCAAUUUUUGUGGCGUUUCUCUCAGUUGUAAUAGUGACAUUGUAUUUAUUUGUGAAAAGAUCGUACUCUUAUUGGGAGCGACAAGGAGUCCCAUACAAAAAGCCAACUUUUCCGUUAGGAAAUUUUACGAAAUCAUUCCUAAAACAGAAAUCGUUUGCUCAAGAUCUGCAAGAUUUAUACAACGAAACCAGCGAACCAUUCUACGGAGUUUAUUCAACAAUUACUCCGGCUCUUUUAAUUCGUGAUCCGCGGCUGAUCCAAAAUAUAUUGGUGAAAGAUUCUCAAUAUUUCGAUGAGCCUGGUCAGCAUGCAUCAACCGAUGUCGAUCCAAUGGCUGACAACUUGUUGUUGCAACAUGGAGAAAAAUGGAAACGAAUGCGGACUAAACUUUCACAGGCGUUCACAUCGGGCAAAUUGAAGGGAAUGCUUCCAACAAUCAUUGACUGUGGUAAAUCAAUGGAAAAAUACAUCGAAAAAUUUGCCAACACGAAUGAAUCGAUUGAAUUGCGACAAAUUUUUGCACAUUACGCUACAAACGUUAUCGUCUCAGUUGCAUUUGGACUAGAGAUUGAUUGCUUCGAAACCGACAACGAAUUCAGCACGAAUGUAGUGCGAGUAUUUUUCAAACCGUCCUUCAGAGCCAUGGUUCGCAGUAAUUUUCAGACUCUUCUGUCGCCAAAGUUGAUAAAGCUUUUUGGUGUACGUUUUGCUGACAAAGAAGUGGGCGAUUUUCUGAUUGAAACUGUGCGACAAAAUUUGGAAUAUCGAGAAAAGAACAAUGUGACACGGAGAGAUUUAUUUCAAUUGCUGAUGCAAAUUCGAAAUGAGGGACAGGUGAAAGAAGAUGAUAAUUGGACCACUGAAACUAAAUCAGGGCACAAGUCAUUAACAAUUGAAGAUAUUGCCGCACAGUCGCUGCUGUUCUUCCUCGGUGGCUUCGAUUCAUCAUCGUCAGCUAUGUCUUUUUUCUUGUAUGAGUUGGCCAAGCACCCGAAUAUCCAACAGAAGGUGUCCGACGAGAUUGAAGAGGUCAUUCGAAGACACGAUGGCGAGCUAACCUACGAUGCAGUAUCUCAGAUGAAAUAUUUCUCGUGUUGCUUUACAGAGUGUUUGCGAUUGUAUCCACCAUUCCCUGGAAUUUCACGGAUCUGUACGACUGACUAUAAAAUUCCCGGUACCUCAGUUGUAAUUGAAAAAGGAACGUCAGUUAUUAUCAGUUCGUUGGGACUCCAUUACGACCGAUCAUAUUACGAUGAACCCGAAAAAUUCAUACCAGAGAGACACAACGAAUCGCAGAGAUUACAGAAAAGCUUCAUCGAAAUGCCCAAUAUCACUUUUGGAGAGGGCGCUCGCAAUUGUAUUGGUAGGCGGCUGGCUCGAUUGAAUUCUAGCGUCGGCCUACUUUUAUUACUGAGAAAAUUCAGGUUCGAAUUGGGUGAUGUGCACAAGAACAAUGAAAACAAAAUCAGCCCAACAAACUUCAUAUUGGCUUUGGAAAAUGGCAUCAAUCUGAAAGUCGUCACACGAUGAAUCAAAACAAAUUUUUCCGAAGCGGAAUUGAUAGGCUGCAAAUUGAUUUUUGAUUGCUUUAAAAUGAAUGAAAUUUAAUGCCAAUA